GGACUCUGCCUUUCAGGAAAUGCAUCCUGCUUUGAAUUUCUGUUCUGAGCUUCUAUCUAUGCCCUGCGUUUGACCGAAAAAGGGGGGAGUUUAACAAAAAAAAAAGGGGGUGGGAAAUCCAGCAACAUAAAAACAUCCAUUUCCUCCCUUCUGAGAGAGACAGAGAGGAAACAAAUUAACAGAUUAGCAUGCCAAAAAUAUAUAUAUCCGUGCAAAAAGAAAAAAAACAUUUCCUAUGAGCUGUUGCCUUCCCAAUCACUAGUACAGGCAAGCUGAAACUAGUGAGAAGCCUGUUUUUCAUUCUGUACAGUCUGCAGCGGGAUGGCCUCUUCUCUUUGUUCCCAAGUCUCUGCCUGUUACUAGGCUUUGCAAUUGCAGGGAGAGUUCUCUUCCAUCUGGAAAGUGUAAUACAUCGGUUGCUUUUCUGACCUAUAAAGACACACCGGCUUGGGAUUGAAGUUGACUGACAAGAGGCCACAUCUGGAACACAUCUGUCUCUUUUGGGGCGUGGGAAAGAGAGAGUCUGAUUUCAGCUGUUUGUGGGGGCUCCUAGAUUGGAGGGGUCCACACGGGAAUGCUGUUGCAUCUCCGAGUAGAGGAGGUGGGGGUUGCCUUGCAGGAGUGUGGAUAAAGUUGGAAGAAAAAGAUUGCUGGAUUCUCCCUUUCAUGGGACUUGGAAGGCAGCCGGCCAAGCUCUGUUACUUCUGGGGGGCUGUUGACAAUCAGAAUGAGUGGGGAUGUCCUCUAGCCUCUCCUGACCCCGUGCAGUGCGGCAGGGGAGUCCCCAUUUGAGGGGCCAAAAGUCCAAAGGAACAGGCAUGGGAAUGCAAAAGCUGGUGGCAGUGGCUGUGGUCGUGGCUUUGGUAUCACUGGUGCUCAACAAUGUGGCUGCCUUCACACCUAACUGGGUGUACCAAACAUUGGAAGAGGGGCGCAAGCGCAGCGUGGGGCUGUGGAAGAUGUGCUUCACCACCAAAGGUGUGUUGGCUGGCAACAAUCGGCAGGGUCAAGGGGAAGAAAGGGAGUGCCAUUUACUUGGCUGGGGGUCAGAGCCAUCUGGCUUACAGGAAUCUCGCAGCACAGUCAAGUUGCAAUUUGACAUGAUGAGGGCCUGUAACUUGAUUGCCACCGUCGCCCUGACUGCUGGUCAACUCAUCUUCCUGAUGGGACUCAUCGAGCUGCCAAUCGUUUCUCAGGAUUCCGAGUGGUGGGAAGAAGCCAUAGCUGCUGUAUUCCAGCUGGCUAGUUUUGUACUUGUCAUCGGACUGGUGACCUUUUAUCGAAUUGGACCUUACACCCACUUGUCCUGGUCCUGCUAUCUGGACAUUGUUGCCUGCCUGCUGGCUACCUUGGCAGCUGCUAUCCUCAUCUGGAACAUUCUCCAUCGCCGAGAAGACUGCAUGGCUCCCCGUGUCAUUGUCAUCAGUCGAUCCCUUACUGCCCGCUUCCGGAGAGGCCUUGAAAAUGACUAUGUGGAGUCGCCGUGCUGAUGGCGGCACGAAUGCAACAAAGGCAAUUUAAAACAAUAAAAAUUCACUAUAGCUUUGCCGCAUAAACAGCAAGGAAAAAUACACAACCAGUGUCUAUGGGACAAGGAAACAGAUCACAUGACCAUAAUUAUUAAAUGCACGUUAUAUGUAUUAAGCCUUUCAUUACUGUGCACAAGAAAACAAUAAAAGUAAAUAUUUCA